UUGCCAUCUUACAGGAACAGCAGAAAGAAGUCUAUCUAAAAAUAAAGCUUUCAAUAACGCAGUCAAUUUGAGAUGUAUACUCUCUAACGAAAGACGUCGUUGUGAAUAAUUGACAAACCUACCGCCAUGAAGUGAAAAUGGCUACAUUCCUUAGACAAGACAGAAGAUGGGAUUGAUGGCUUUGAGUUUCUUUUAUGAGCCUUCAGUUUCCCCGAAUGGUUUGCUUUGUUCGUCUCUGCAGAUUGAAUAGUGCACAUAUAGGUGAAAGUAGGAAACAAUGAUGUUUUGCGACAGGAUGAACUUGAAAUGAGAUGAAAUUAAAACAUCUAGACUAGAUUCACUCGAUGUAUGCAUUAGUCGUCGUACAAUGGAUUUGCUUGAUUGUAAUCUCCUUUUCAACUAGUGACGACUUUCAGUGCCCAGCUGGCUUCAUGCCUCCUGGGUGCAUCCACGAGUGUAAAGACGGCUAUUACGGUGUUAAUUGCUUGUCAGCCUGCUCCUCGUUUUGCUUCAACGCCUCGUGCAGGCCUCAAAGCGGGGAGUGCUACCAUUGCCAGGUGGGCUUUCAAGGCCCAUUGUGCUCAGAAAAGUGCAGACAUGGUUACUACGGAGCCAACUGCUCACAAAUGUGUCCUCCGAACUGCGAGAAUGGACGCUGCGACCCGUUCACCGGGUACUGCCUGCGUUGUAACGACGGUUAUAGUGGAUCAAAGUGUGAAAUUGUUCAGCGCCUUCAAGGCGGUGUAGCAGUAGCUAUCAGUGAGUCCCCUGAAAAGGCAAAUGACCACACCAUUCUCUAUAUCAGCAUAUUAGUAAUCACAAUAACCCUACCAGUCUGCACAGUGAGCUUAUGGGUUUUUCUCCUCAAGAAGAGAUUUAAGAACAUGUACUACAAAAGGUUUUUGCAGAGAGAGGACUCAAAAAUCUAUACAAGAAAUAAUGACGUACCUCUAUUUUUGGAAGGCAGCAAGAAAUGUUUCCAAAACUCUCCAUCUACGCACAAGAAAAAGAUUCAUAAGCAUGAGUUCAACUCUGUUGGUAACAAGCGAGGGAAGAGCAGAGAGAAGCUCAGUACCCAAACUUCAUUCGUCAAGGACGAGGAGGAAAAUGGUUUUAAGGAAAUAGUGCAUCUUUUGAAAAAAAACAGUCCAGUCCAACUUUCGCAAGCAGCAAAUUACUCUUCAAACCUCUUUUUUAAAACUCCUAACCCAGAAGCUAAAUUGCCUGAGAAUUCUUCCCAAACAAUGCAAGAUCAUGCGCCCAGACUGGAAGACCUCCAGGAGAGCCAGGUAAAAGCUCAACUUAAAGAGCUGGCUAACGAAGCAGCCAGUGCACAGCUUAUCUCGAGGCCGGUGCCCAGCUCUGCUCACGAGGAUCUUGUCAAAAGGACAAGUGAAAACAAUGUCGCACCGGAAGUUGAAGUCCAUUACAGAUCGCAGAACGAUCCUGGGGUGAAAGCUAAACACAACUCGAGAAAAAAAAUUAAAGUACACUCGCAAGGAUUACGAGGAGCAGGGAAAGACCAGACAGCUGUGACCACACCACAAAGGGAGACUAGCGCUGUUGACACACAGAAACUGACGGACAAAGUUGAGGAAAAAACGCCAGCCUGUAACGUGGAUGUGACCUCUGGUCAGCUAGACCAAUUACCGGACAAUGUAUAUCAGGAAACAACCCAAGCAAAGACACCAAGGAAGACAUUCUUCAAAAACUGGAGAGCUUUUUUUGCUUCUUUAAGGCGUCGCUAUUCUCCAAGCGAUACGUCCAAAACUUGUCAACAGAGUUUGGCCACGAAGCAGACAGACGAACAAUCUGCUCUAGAAGCAGUGGGCAAUCCUCUCAAAGUGAAGAGUGUACCAAAUUUAACCUCAAAGUUACAUAGGUCAUUUAGUUUUCCGACCAUCGUCAGUGACUACAUUAAGAUCAAAGAUAAGAUCCAGGUCCAGAGUGCGCAGUCAGCACCUGGCAUCAGACCCGCUUCCAGUGAAGCCAGGGAUUCAAGUCCAACUAGUCCUCAUCUAUGCCGACCACUUUGCUCGACACAGCUGAAGUCCAAUCUGACCAGGUCUAGCACUUACUCGCCCCGAUGUAAGCUCAAAGUUUUGAACUCGUCGGAAUCACGAGAAGGCCGAAGUGAGAUCAGGAAAUAUAGACGUGCAGUUCCUCCAUUUGAUAAUUACUUGGGGGGAGUCAGGACUCAAGAGGAUCAACUCUACUCUCGGGAACAUCCUCAUAUAUUGGCAUCGUCUGUGUCUCAGCUUCCUGAACCUGGCUAUUUUCCUCUCCACCCUUUUUGUAUGCCUGUCGAGGUAAGUCUGCACAAUGCACCUCUGGCUUACAAUGUUGGCGGCUGGCCGUUCGCCUCAUUUCUCUACACCAGUGGUCUUAAGUCGCCCAGUGCGCCGUUUUCUCCUUACCGCUUCAUCAGACGACCUGUUCUCGAGGACAGCUUGGCAACCUUGAAGCCUGAUGACCUGAUCAGCAUCACAGCUGAGUCUUCUGAAGACAUGGUCACCUGCGACAGCUUGUCAUUCCACUCGGACGAUACUGUUUUGGAAGAUGAAAUCUUUGAGUCUACGGCUAAACAAAAUGAUUUGAGUUUCAACUCGCAGAAAUAUCAAACAAUGAAAAACUACUAUAAGCAGAAUCCCGAGACUAGACCUCAAUUGUUAAGUAAUGCCAACCCAAAAAAGGAACUUGAAAGUUCGACUCAGACGGGUUUGACUGGAGCUAAAGGAAAGAUUCACGUCAUUAUGCCUGCGGAAAGAAACAAGGGGAAACACAUUCAGUCUCAAGUGUCUAAAGUAGUCCAGGUCCAUCCUGCACACGUUGUAUCUCCCAGUCCCGAUCAAAGUUCUGGUCAGUAUUUAAAUAUGAAAUGCGCGAUUGCGUCUUUACAUCAGCAGUCUUGUGAGCAGGCGUUACCUUUUGAUACAUCUGUUAAGAAUCGUAACUUUGUCAGAUUCAGGGAGGAAUAUGAUACAGAAGAAAAUAUCACAACUAAAAGGCAGUACAGUCCACGAGAGAAUGAAGCAUGCAUCCAGUUUUAUGUUGAAAAUGAAGAGCAUUCCCCAACAGUCAUCAGCCACAGAGAUGUAUCUGAACACGAGUUAAAGGACAAUGUGGAAAACAAGCAUGAAGGUCUACAAGACGUUACUAGACCAGAUGGCCGACAUAGAGCUCCAGCCAGAAAGAAUUUGAAAAAAUCUCGUGAAAACGAGUUUAGGACAGAUGACAACAAACCUCCUAAAGGAAUGUACCAUAGACAACAUCCAAACCUUCAUAAUUAUAACGAAAGUCAAAUCGGUCAAAGGUCACCAGUUAAUCUGCUGUCUCCAGAGAAAAGAGUCUCAGGCGAUCAGUUUUCAAAUAGACCCAGAUAUUAUGCACACCCGAAACACAAAAGGGGCGGGGAAUCUAAAAAAACAUGGCUGCGCUGUCAAGAUACAAGUUCAAAUAGACGUCAAAACAUUGACACGUAUGAAGUAUGUUAUGGUGAAAAUAAUAAUUACCCUUCCCGCUGUCAAGGAUCUUCCGGAACCCCGUCAAAAAGAGAAAUGACACCACCGGAAAGAUUUGACUGUAUCGGCAACAAAAUUACUAAUCCCAAUGUAAGAGGUUUUGAAAAUUCGUUGGAUACCUGCCUAGUGCUCGAGAAACACAAUUAUCAGCCUUACACUAAAACACGCCAUCGAAGUUUGGUAAGUCAAGUGACUAGUGAACAAAACUGUAAAGCAAGGUCUUCGCACCAAACUGAACCUUCCAUUGACAAGAAGUGCACAAAUCAAAGCAAAUCAUCCGCUGUUCUAUUUGAUACAGAAAAUGAUGGCCAUUCCAAAUGUGCUCUACGCCAAAGACCACAUAACCCAGCUGUUGUUCUGAUCAAUUCAGAAAAUGACGGCGAUUUCUCUUGCACUGCACACCAAAGAACACGUAUUAACCCACUUGCUGUUCUGAUCAAUUCAGAAAAUGACGGCGAUUUCUCUUGCACUGCACACCAAAGAACACGUAUUAACCCACCUGCUGUUCUGAUCAAUUCAGAAAAUGAGGACAAGUUCCAUUGCACUCCACGCCAAAGUGCAUGUGAUCUUUGUCAAUAUCCAGUGCAGCCUCAUGACGGUGAGAAGUCGUACAACAAUAGUUUAGAGAACAUUUACGACAACAGCAGAUGUAACUUAUUCUAUGGCUGCUGUGAAGAUCAAACCUGCAAUGCCAUGAAUCUAAGUGGACACCUCCAAAGCGAAACACAAGCUGCACAAAGUAACUCCCCUUGCAGACUUUUAGAUCCCUGCAAAUCAAAACUGAAACGCAGCAAGUUAGCUAUAAUAAACAGAAGUGACCGGGAAUCAGAUUCACUGCUAAUAAAGAAGAUUCUCUACUCAGUUCCUAUUAAACAAAACAGUCCAUUCUGCAACUCCAAGGAUCCAAUGAGUCCGAAGUCUUCAGUUUAUAAGGCUCGUCUUGGAACUGUAAAAGGCAACCCUAUCCCCAACACCUCUAUUGAGCAUACAUUACUUGUCCUCACCAGAUCGCCCAAGAAAAGCUCUGUUAUUGCUUCUCCAAAAAUGACGACGGGCUUAAAAUGUAGCCAUAGCAUACAUAACUGUUCACCCAAUCAAACUGAUAUUUUACCAAAAAGACCUUCUGGUAAUGUACCACCAAAAAGACCUUCUGGUAAUGUGCCAAGCCCUUGCGAAUCAAAGCGCAAAAGGAGUCCCGCUAUUAUGCUUUUACUGAGCCGGGAUAAAAAUAACAAGCGUAUUGUAAGUCCGACUGUUCAUUACGUGCUGACGUCACCGAAUUCCAUCAAAUGUUCAUCCAGGAGGAAAUCAUCACAUUUGAAUCAAUCCAAAUGUUAUCAAGUCGGUUCCAGCUAUCCCAUGCCAUCUCUUUUAGAAAAUGUGAUUCAUAGUGAAGACAUUUAUAAAAACCGACAAUUAUUAUCCGAUGUUCCAAACCAGAAUUCAUUUCCGGAGUCUCAAUGGAAAACCCAGGGUUGCUGUAGCUCAUGUCCGAUGUAUCUACAUCAUCCGAAAUCGGGCAACGAUUUCCACAGCGCCCCACUGAAACUCGUUGUGACCGACCAAGGCGUUAACACACACGACCUUAGCGCCAGGGUGGAUACAAGUUGUCAGUGCGAUGUACCCAACCCGGAAGUAGAUACAAGUUGUCAGUGCGAUGUACCCGACCCGGAAGUGGAUAGAACGUGUUUUGCUGAUCGCGAUUUUACUUUGAACGGAGAUACUGGGCCUGAAGAAAGAACUGAGUUUGUCUCCAUUGCAGACGAAAGCAUUGAAUACUUUUUUGACGCUAUGGAUUACAAACAGUUUGAAAGCGGAACUCUGCCAACUGAAUCUCUUAGUGCAGCUCCGGUCAAAGACUUCUCCAGGACACCAGCGCAUUCGACAAAUAAGUGCCGCACGUGUGAACACGUGUCUUCCAAUGUUAACAAAAGUCAAAAGCAUAAUACUAUGUGUCAAUUAGCAGUUGUUCCAAGUAAAACCCCUCACAAACAGGCUAAACUCACCAAGAAAGGGGCCAGAAGCUGUGAAUGUAAGACUAGAUGUCACAGGGAGAAGAGACUAGCGAAAGACGUCGCUUUCAGGUUUGCGUCUCAUGGAGCGAUGGCUAGAAAUGUCCAUGACGUUGAGAGGACAGAAAUGAGCUUUUUGUCUGCCGCUCGUGACGAGACUGUUUAUCGCAGAAGUGUUGUUCGAAGUCAAAGCAAGCGGCACGAGCUGCGGUCACGCCAGAAACUCGACGUCCAAGAAUUUUAUCCAGCAGAAGAGAGCACGAGCUAACGGUCAAAGUUUUCCAGGCGGCCAGGUCAAAGGUCAAUUAACAAGAGUAGGAAUGACAAGUCAAUUAACAAGAGUAGGAAUGACAAGUCAAUUAACAAGAGUAGGAAUGACCCCAACCCUCCUUUUAAAACAAAAUAUAGAUUGCUCUUGUUCUAGCUAGGUGUCAAUAAAGUCAACAGGUCGACAGUUCCCUAAACAUGGACACCAAUCAUUGGAACAGAACCCUGUUAGUAACAUGGACACCAAUCAUUGGAACAGAACCCUGUUAGUAACAUGGACACCAAUCAUUGGAACAGAACCCUGUUAGUAACAUGGACACCAAUCAUUGGAACAGAACCCUGUUAGUAACAUGGACACCAAUCACUGGAACAGAACCCUGUUAGUAACAUGGACACCAAUCAUUGGAACAGAACCCUGUUAGUAACAUGGACACCAAUCAUUGGAACAGAACCCUGUUAGUAACAUGGACACCAAUCAUUGGAACAGAACCCUGUUAGUAACAUGGACACCAAUCAUUGGAACAGAACCCUGUUAGUAACAUGGACACCAAUCAUUGGAACAGAACCCUGUUAGUAACAUAGCAACAAUGGAGAGAGGUAACAACACAUUC